AUGGAUUAUAGUAGUUUUACCAAAAAAAAUUAUGUUUUUCGCUUUGCUGAUGUGGGUACAUUAUCAACACGUAUGUUGGCACCAAUCGAGGGCUAUGAGAGAGUACCACUUGUAACGCUUGAGGAAGCUGUGAAACCUCUUAUCGAUAUUGUACCUAAAGUGGAACGAAAUGUAUUCAUAGUCAAACAAAAUUGUCAAGAACCAGAAGAUGGUUUAACAACUGACGAAUCGGCUUCAAUUAUGCUUUAUACAAUAAUUAUCGCUGACUGUGGCAAUCAUCGUAUAAUCCAAUGGAGAAUUGGUAAUGCAAAUGGACAAGUGAUUGCAGGUGGCUGUGGUUCAGGAAAUCGAUUAGAUCAAUUGCAUGGUCCAACCGAUGUGCUAAUUGACAAAGAGACGAAUAGUCUCAUCAUCUGUGAUCGUGAGAAUCGACGAGUCGUUCGAUGGUCUCGGCGAGGUGGCAUAACUCAGGAAGAUAUCCUCCUUGACAAAAUUGAUGGUUAUGGAAUCGCCAUGGAUGACCGGAGAUAUCUCUACAUCUCCGACACUCGAGACGAUGAAGUAAGACGAUAUAAAAUAGGAGAAAAGCAUGGAACUGUUGUGGCUGGUGGCCAUGGCAAAGGUGAUGGUCUUAAUCAACUCAAUUGGCCGACCUACAUCUUUGUCGAUCGUCAACAGGCUGUAUACGUGUCAGACCAAAACAAUCAUCGUGUAAUGAAAUGGAACAAAGGUGCAAGGGAAGGUAUUGUCGUCGCUGGAGGUCAAGGAAAAGGAAAUGCUCUAAAACAAUUGUGGCAUCCUGAAGGAUUAUUCGUCGAUACAUUAGAUACCGUCUACGUGGGUGAUUCGUUGAAUCAUCGAGUGAUAUGUUGGCCUAGAGGAGCGAAACAUGGCACUGUUAUUGUGGGAGGAAAUGGUUGUGGAGAAAGAGCAAAUCAGUUCAACUGUGUCGGCAGUUUGUCCUUUGAUCGAUAUGGCCAUCUUUAUGUUGUCGAUUAUCAUAAUAAUCGUGUUCAACGUUUUUCUAUCGAAUAG